CCGGAUCGAAUUAUUCCGCAAGACGCGCAAGGUUUUAUUAUACAUGAGGAAGAGACUCGAAGAGAGAGAAACGUAUAAAUAGAGGAGACAGCCUCCUUGCGUUCUCCUAUGUGUUGCAUGCAUUAUACAUAUACGGCUGUAGAGUUGCACAUUGCUCCCGGUAGACACCGCCGUCCGGCUGCGUUGAUCUUCGGCUUCACCUUCGGACACGCACACAUCUUCACGCACCCGCUGCCCGCAUCUCCCCACACUGUGCGCCCUUUUAACAUCUAGAAGCCGCGCAUGAGCGACGAAAAGUCACAGACGAUUGUGAGGACACCUUCAACCCCUACUGUACGGUGGGCUAAAGCGCAAGCCUCGAAUCGAUCUUCCACCCCCCAGUCUCCCCGAGCGUCCGCGGGGAACAACUCCCGGCCGACGACUCUGUUGUCGACCCAACAACAGUUCAAAACCACCCGAGACCCACGGCAAACAUGGCGUUGGAUUUCGCAGCGACGUACAAGGUCCUGGUGCUGGGUGACUCGAAUGUCGGCAAGACCUGUAUUGUGCAUCGCUACUGCGACGAACGGUACUACGAUACUUACAUCUCGACGAUAGGUAUUGACUUCAAACAAAAGAUCAUUAACUUGGACGGAACGCCGAUAAAAUUACAAAUCUGGGAUACCGCCGGCCAAGAAAGAUUUCGAACUUUAACAACAGCGUACUAUCGUGGUGCCAUGGGUAUCCUUUUGAUGUACGACGUCACUAGCUUGGAGAGUUUCAAUCAUCUGUCGUACUGGCUACGAAAUAUUCAAGAAAAUGCGUCACCAGACGUGGUAAAAGUUUUGGCGGCGAAUAAAUGCGACGCAACCGCGCAUCGCGCUGUGGACGCUGAGAGAGGUCAAAAGAUCGCUGAAAAUUUCGAUAUGCCCUUCUUCGAGGUAUCAUGCAAGGAGAACAUAAACAUCGAAGAGGCUUUCCUCACUCUAGCCAGAAGAAUACGGGAACAACGAGGCCGCCGGGCUAGCCUGUUCGAGGCUUCCGAGAGAGAAGGCGCGGACAGUAUAAUUAAGGCGCAGUCACCGUCUCAACAAGGUGAUGCCUGGAGAUGCAGCUGUUAGUUCGACGGACGAUCAGCGGAGGUCUAUCUCGCCGGUUGGAAGUUUCGACGGCAGCCAAGAAUUAAAUCCGGGCACAAAGGAUUUCGUCUGUUCAUCGUGCACAAGGGGAGAGAAUCGCUCAUUUCCAUACCUGUACAUACGCGACGCGAUCGUGAGUCGGUCGUCGAACGGAAAUCGACUUGGACGACGCGAGAGGUGUUCGUAUAUACUCGGCGGGGGUGGCCCGGGCAAUUAAUCACGAUACCACCACACCAUCUGCAAUAAUCGCAAAGGAUAUUAUAUAGGUAUUACCUCAAGAACCCUGCACCCUAUUACGCGCGAGAGCCCGAAUGACAACGUCGUUAUAGCGUAAUGCAGAGGCGGUAGCGCGAAACAAUUGUGAUCUGCCGCGGUCAUGGAUCGUCAUCAAAGUCAUGAUAAACACCAUAAGGAAACAUUUGUCGCCCGUGCGAGGUAAGUUAUGGAUAACUCGAGAAUACACGUACACGCACAUUACGGUUAAGCCCGAGCUACGUUUGAGAUUAUCGCAAAGUUUGUCUAUGAUACGCGAUUACACGUCAUAGAUGUCUAUUUAUAGUGACCCGAGUCACGUUCGUGCGAAUGUAGAGAGAUUCGACGGAACUCUUGCUAAGAGGUAAUCGGAACGCCUCAACGCAUCAUCGAGAGACGCGUCGGCAAUUGAUCUGAUUAAUUGUAGGCCGGCUUGAUGAACGUCGGUUAGCUCUUCCGAGUAAACCGAUCAUUUUUAUUCCGCGUGAGUUUGACGUUAACCCAAAGAUGUUUAGCGGAUCAGCUGGGAGAGAGAAGACUACGGCUGAAAUUUAUGAGGCAGAUAUGCGCGACGAAAGGACAACUCGCGAGUUGUGUAUUUGUCUACGAACAAUUUUUCGGAAAGUCUCGUCGAUGUUAGACUUUCGCGGAUCAGACGUAUUCAUUGGGUAUCGUAAGCAGUUUAAGAACGUUCACUUAGAUUCGCUUGGUAAGGCCUAACUAAAAGGAAACAUCUUCUCGACGCUAUUGAGGCGACACACUUUCGCAGUAAUCGACGUAUUAUUAUUCUAGUAUGUCUACGCGAGGAAGACAUCGUCAAACGCAUUGUGAUUACCGUCUAGAAAACGAUAUUAUUAUAUAAGACUUGCGAUUACUACCGAUGUCUCUCAACGAGGACCAGGGCUCUUCCCGCGGGGAAGGGCUUGCGCGAUUACGUCGGGAUUAUUUGAUGCACAGAUGCCAAAGUUUGCACAUAUGUUACUUUGAUGUCGAGUUUCGAAGCGAACACUAACAACAACAAAAUUAUAUAGGAUACCGUUCGUUUUAAUAUCGAGGUGUGAAUCAUUUUUUUAAUAGACAUGUGAUUGCCGAAAUUAAAAGUGUUUAAUGCAUUAAACGUAGUUAUAAUAAUAAUCACGAUCUGACUUUCAAAUUACGAAACUAUUUCAGACUGGAAGUAAAUUUAAGUAAGAGAGACGACUGUUAAAGAAAUAUUCAAGGAGACAUUCCAGAGUAUCCUAAAAGUUUCCUUUAUCUAAAUAUAUCCAAGAGACUGCAAUUUAUUGCACCAUUGCACGCGAAGAUCCUUUAAAAUUGGCUGUUUUUACAUUGAUGUCGAAUAAAACUUUCCUUCUGCUUUGAGAAAAUGGUGUAGCGUAAGACUAGCAAAUGCUAUUUGUAUCCAAAAAAGAAGAACCGUUAAUAUUCAUGUGUUCAUAAAAAAAUAAGUCUGUUCUAAGAGCCUGACGUGAAGCUUUGAAACAAUGUCGAGCACUUGACAUCUGUAUAUCAAACCUUUCAUAUCGGUGCACACACGUGAUAAUCCACGCUUAAUUAAUGCGCUUUGAUAAUCGUGAUGGAACAUUUUCCGUGACCCGUAUUGUAUUCGACGUCUCGCGAUAAUGCAAUACAUUCUCCUACAAAAUGUCACCAAUCUUGUUUCGCAUAACAAACGGAGCACUUAAGUCGUUAUGAAAAAAAAAGGAUAAUAGCGUCCUUGCAUUUUUCACUGGCCAUACUUGCGGCCCGAGGGGGAUUUAAGGGCCGCGAGAGAUUAUGUUAGCUGCCAUAUAACACACUGCAAUACGUACGCGUUUUACUGCACAGCGUAAACUAUCCGAUCGAUCUUAAAUGAAAUUAAUCUUCCUAAUUUUUAAAUGUUGACAGAGUUUUCUUAAAUAAACAUAAAAUCAAGUUCCUCGGUUUUUAAUUUAUACUUUUCAGUCGCUGCAUUCACUUGCAAGGCAGACUUUAUUGUGUUUUAAUAAAUGAAAAUGAAAGAAAGAAAUAAAAUGUUUGCAUAAAAUACAACAAUUAAAUAAAAAAUAUAUAAGACAUAUAAUAACGUAUAACUGUUUCAAUAACAAAAAGCAGGUUUACUUUUUUAAAGAUUUGAUUAAACCUUCAAUUCCAAUCAAGUGUCUUUACAUUACGAGAAAUAUUGUCCCUAUUAUUUAGAGGAUUAUUUAUAUUUAUUUGAUCAUGAAUCACAUAACUAUUGGCCUUUUGAUAAAAUUACUUUUGGUACGCUCCUCGUUUACGCUGGCAGAAACAUAAAAGCCUUUAUUGUGCCUAUCAGUGAUUAUAAGAAAGAAAAUUAAGACGAAAGGAAGAUAGAUAAGAGAUACGUUGUACGAGAUACCGUAACGGAUCGCUUUAUGAUCGAUCGCUUAUGAUCGAGGGGAAAUCUAUGGAAAGGUAACGCGAUGAUGGUCGAUGCCCGAUUGAAGCUACAAAAUCUCGUUUCAUUAUUAUCUCAGAGAACAUUAGGUAUCGGAAUUAUGCGAGAGAGAAUCGAUAGAUCCUUGCGACAUAUUAUUUUCUCGUUAAUAAGUAUACACCUUAAAAAUCGAGUCUCUCGUCUGGUGAAUCGCGAACGAUUUUCACCGCCCCGAUUUCUGAUUUCUAUACACAACAAUCACGCAACUCCGCUUCAGGCUGCAUUCACGUGCGGUUUGAACUGCAUUGCGAAUGGCAAUCUUGUAACUCUUACGAUCUCCUGGUGGCGCGAUAUUGAGGGCGCCCGCGAAACUUUGCGAAAACCCAGUUCGCGCUUUUUCGCACGCUUGCAUGCGCGGCCGCAGGCUGCAUCGCGACACGGCCGAGUUCAAAGAGCGCAUGCACACUUCAGACGAGAAACGCACUAUAUCCGUCGCGAUCGAUUGACAUUGUAGCGACGAUGCCGACGAAACGAGAUCACUUGGCGACUCGCACGCGUCAAUGCAACAACGAUCGCCACGGUACACCGUUUGUUUCUUCAGCGCGCAAUCCUAAACACAAUAGUUUUACGGCAUAGGCUCUGUACCAUUUUGUGCAAGACGAUAUUAUAUAAAUAUAUAAAUAUACAUAUAUGUAUUAUAUAUAUACACACGAUAACGACGGUAUAUAUAUUUGUUGCUUUUAUAUAUUUAUAAAUCGCGGCGUAUUUGUAUAAAAAAAAAACACUAUGGAAUUCGAUUGUUUCGCCUGUCAAAGCAACCUACGUGUGCCCUUUAAUUAGCAAUCAGGAUUUUCCAAACUUGAAACGCGGACGUGGGCUGAACCUUUUCGAUGCAUACUUUUCAAAAAUCUAGUGGCGUACCAAAACAACGAAACUAAUGUAUCUUCGCUCGUUUAAAAGUGAGCUUUUAAACGACUGAAAUCGAAGUUACUCCAAAAUUAACGCAGGAAGUAUUUUAUAAUUUUUCUUUACCCUAGUCGUGAAAGUUUGGAUGAAGUAAGCGAAAACGUCUUGUAUCGUUGUCCGAGGACCAGUGUAUAUAUCUCGAAAGUUUGGGAAAUCUUGGAUUAACGGAGAUUAGAUGCGAUUAGAGAAACCUGGUUGUCCAAUGUGCUCUAUUCUCGUCAACUCUUCUUUAGAUGCGCGCGUGAUUUGUCAGGAUCGUUAAUUUUUGUUCCGCGGACUGUUUGUAACGAGGAGAAGCACCCGUGGAACUUGACAUUAAUUUCUUGAAAAAUGAAUUUCUCUAGUUAAGAAAAUUAACAUUCUCUAGUCAGGAAGAUUAACAUUCGAAUGUAGAAUUUUCGUUUAAAGUGCGGGUGCUUGUUACUCGCAGGAAACGCGGCGAAAAAUAGUAAAAAGAAAAGUAAAAAAAAAGAGUCAAUUUGUAAGAACGGCGUCGCCCACGUGGACGGUAGAGUCGCUUGUACAAAUUUUUUUCAAGGGACGCUGGAUCGUUUGCCUUCAUCGAAGUGCUUGAUUUCUCACCCGAAGCUGGUCUUCGGCUGAAGAGUCUUUUGGAAGAGAAUCUUUUUAUAUGACUUGAGUUGAACCUGCCACGUAUGUGCGCGCGCGUGCAGUGCCGUAACUAGAGUUUCUUCCACGUAUCGCGAAUUCAACGGCAAUUUUAUCAGCCAUUCCGUAAUCUCGUCCUUGAGACUCCACGAAAAAUAUCCGUGACGGAAUAUCGGGAUUCGCGCUGGACUCUUUCACCUUGUAUUCGCUCAGAUUUUUGCGGCAUUCUUAAAUCUGCAAAUUUCGUAAAACUUUUUGGUAGAAUUCAGCUACGUAUUCAUCAGCGUGCAAUUUUUGUCUGGAUUUUAGAAUAGGUUGUACACAAUGAAAAAUAUCUUUAUUUCCAUUUUGCAUUCUAGUUACGGUUCUGCAAAUUCAUAACUCUCGAUUUUCAACGACUUUUGCGAUUUUCAACGAUAUGAUGAAAGUUUCUCGAUAGGAAUCAGCUGUGUUUUUGUUACGAAUCUUGUUAAGAUAUAUAGAGGUGAAAUAGAAUGGUUGAGAUCGGGCGAAUAGUUUUGUCUGACAAAAUUGUUCACUCAGGCGUCAAACCGAAAGAAAUGUUCUUCACGAAAAAUUGUUUAAAACUUUCUCGAUGGUGGAAGUUAAUUAAGAGUUCGAAUUAAUUUUGCGCGAUGUAAUUAUCAUUCCCAGACUUUGUAAAGCAACAAGACUUUACCCGAUCACCGAAGAGAUAAAUGCGGGGAGAUUGAACGUACGAUGUAACGACAGCUUUCACAAAGUUUCAUUUGUCAUAUUACCACCUCACCCUCAAGAAUGAUCAUGUUAUUACAUAAUUUAACUCAAACUUCGCGAUCGAUUAUCUAAAUGUAUAAGUGUAUAAGAGAAGUUUUUAAGUUUGUAGCGGAACAACUUGUUUAACUCGAUGUCUGAAUCAAUAAUAAAUAAAGAUACACACUUUUUACCUAUGA